UACGGCGAGGGAGGAGCACGGAGCGCACAACACAAAACACAUCGCGGAAACGGGCAGGAGUCAGUACUUUCUGCAGUGGAGUCGCCGUCACUUUCAGCAAGUUUAGCCUACUUCAUUAAGACAGUGUCUUCCCUAUAGUGUCGCAGCUGAAUGUAGUUAUCUCCAUCCCCGGAUAUCUCUGCUCAGACGCCGCUUGUUUUCGGGAGCCUUUUGGCUGCGAUCACUGCUCCGGAACAGCGGACUGAUGUGAUGCAGGAUAAGGGCAGAAAUAGGAGUUCACCUUCCCAUUGAUUCGGGUCCGAUUCUCUCCUGCCAUGGCUCCGGCGAGCAACCGAGGGAUCUGAGCAUCACUUGCACGGACUGGCAGUGCAGCUGGUGCAUGAUGGGAUUGCAGCUCUGCUGAAGCAGCGUUCGCACAGAGUGCCUGAGGCGGAGCGGAGGAGUGAAGCCGUGCGGCAGGACGCUAACAGAGGAGCGGCUCAGGGACGCCCCAGUGCAUGCUGGUCUGGCGCUGUCUGUCCGUGAGCAUGCGCGGUGGACGGAGGGAGGGCGCCGGGGUGGCGCUGCGGGCGUGGCCAUGGGCGUGGUCGCCGGGCAGGACGGUCCUCCUGCUGCUGCUGGUGGCCGGGGGGGGGGCUGCCUGGCAGGGGGUGCAGGGGAAGGAGCUGGAGCCCUCCAUGCAGUCCACCCUGCUCUCAGACAUGCAGGAGGCGGCUGCUGCGGUCGGGACUCCGCCCCCGGGAAUCCCUGACUCCUCUGCGGUGGUGGGACAGGUGUUUGAGCUGAAGGUGCUGACGGAAACGCCCGACGACAGCCACACCGUGCAGGUGACAGAGGUGGGGAAGGACUCUCUCCCCUCCUGGCUGCAGUGGGACCCCGAGGCCCGGGUCCUGCUGGGCCUGCCCCUCCCGGCCGACCGGGGCGUCCACUACAUCUCCGCGUCCGUCGCCGAGGGCAACAGGAGCCAGGCGUCCCACGACACCCACGUCUUCUCCAUCGAGGUGCACGGUGAGGAGCAGGGCGAGGCCGACCCCGCCUCGGCCUGCGGCAGCGAGGAGCCAAUCACGGUGCUCACGGUCAUCCUGGACGCCGACCUCACCAAGCUGAGCUGCGGGCAGCGGGUGCAGCUGCUGCGGCGCAUGGCCGCGUUCUCGGGCGUCGGCCUGCGCCACAUGCGCGUCCUCCCCGUCGUCAACAACCGGCUCUUCGACAUGUCGGCCUUCGUGGCCGGGCCCGGCAAUGCCAAGAAGGUGGUGGAGAACGGGGCGCUGCUGUCGUGGGAGCUGGGCUGUGCUCUGCGGCCGGACAGCCUGCCAGACCUGGCCCCGCUGCAGGGCCCCGCCCGCGACGGCAGCAUGGCCUCCCGCCUCCGCUUCCCCGUCGUCGGCUGGCACGUCGCCAACAAGAAGCCCCACGUCUCCAAACGCGUGCGGCGUCAGCUCAACAACACCCCCACCCCCGUACCCUCCCUGCUGCCCCCCACGGCCUACGCCGAGCCCCCCUCCCGCAUCGUACCCACCCCGACGUCUCCGGCCGUGGCCCCGCCCACAGAGCCCACGGCCCCGCCCGUGCGUGGGCCCGUCCCCCUCCCCAUGAAGCCCACCCUGCGGCCGCGGGACCCCAUCGCCCACACGCCCACCCUGGGCCCCCCCCAGCCCACGCGCGUGGCUGAGCCCCCCAGCUCCCCCCCCGUCCAGCCCACGUUGCCCCGGCCGGGCUACGUAGAGGCCACCGCCUCCCCCACGCCUCCCUCCGCCACCCGCCGACCCAAAACCGGCACCACCAAGAAGCCCAAGCGGCCCAAGAGCUCGACGCCGGCGCCGCGGGAGCCCAAACCCCCCCGCCGCACUACACCCGCACCCCCGCCCAGCCACAACCACAAGCCCGAGCUUCACAACCCCAUCGACCAAGUCAAGGCCUGGGUGGGCACCUACUUCGAGGUGAAGAUCCCGUCCGACACCUUCUUCGACAAAGAGGACGGCACCACAGACAAGCUGCGGCUGACCCUGCGGGUGAACCACAGCGAGGCGGUGAGCGAGGCGUCCUGGAUCCAGUUCAACAGCACCAGCCAGCUGCUGUACGGGCUGCCCGACCCUCAGCACGCGGGCAAGCACGUCUACUUCAUGCAGGCCACCGACAAGGGCGGCCUGAGCGCCACCGAUGCCCUGGAGGUGCAUGUCAGCCGCUGGCCGCCUGGCGACAAGCCGCCUGCGGUGUUCGUGGCGCGUUUCCAGGGCAACCCCCGCUCGGUUACGGGCGAUGUGCAGAAGCAGAUCCUGCUGGUGAAGAAGCUGGCGUACGCCUUCGGCGACCGCAACAGCAGCACGCUGACUCUGCGGGGGAUCAGCGAGGGCUCCAUCGUGGUGGAGUGGACGAACAGCAGCCUCCCGCAGAGCCCCUGCCCCAAGGAGCUGAUCCAGACACUGAGCGGCCGCGUGGCGGACCCGCAGGGCCGGCCCUCCCCCGCCUUCCUCAGCGCGCUCGAACCCGACUUCAGGCCCAUCAACCUGACGGUACGCGGCGCCGGCAGCUGCCGCAGCUACAUGUUUGUCCCGCCGGGCGAGGUGGCCCCGCCCCCACCGCCGCCGGCCACGCCCUCCGCCGCGCCGGGCAGGCAGAGCUCGGACGACGUGUACCUGCACACGGUCAUCCCGGCCGUGGUGGUCGCAGCCAUCCUGCUGAUGGCCGGCAUCAUCGCCAUGAUCUGCUACCGCAAGAAGCGCCGCGGCAAGCUGACCAUCGAGGACCAGGCCACCUUCAUCAAGAAAGGCGUGCCCAUCAUCUUCGCUGACGAGCUGGAGGACGCCAAGCCGCCGCCCUCCUCCAGCGUACCGCUCAUCCUGCAGGAGGAGAAACCGCCGCUGGCCCCGCCCGAGUACCCCAGUGCCGCCAGCCCCGAGACCACGCCCCUCAACCGUGACCCGCUGGGGGAGUACACCGCCCUGCGGGACGACGACCCCAGCGCCCCCCCGUACCAGCCCCCCCCUCCCUUCGCUGCCCCCAUGGAGGGGAAGGGCUCACGGCCCAAAAACAUGACGCCCUACAGGUCGCCCCCGCCCUACGUACCCCCCUAACGGCCCCGCUCCCUCAGCACCGGGGCUCCAGGCUCAGCCGGAGGGGGGGCGGGGGGUGUGGAGCCGCGAUGCUGGGGCCCUCUGCACCCCGCUCUCUUGUAGCGACUUUGGUUCUUUCUUUGAGUUUCUUUUCUAAGUCGAAUCGGACUGGACAGCACUCUUUUUACCUUCUGAACUCUUCUUUUUAAAUAAUACAAAAGUGAAAUUAAGAGCAAGGGGGCGUGCUCAGAGCGAAGGCUUCCCUACAGGGGCCGCUGUUCUGAUUCAGUACCGUUAGUGUUUAACACCAACUGCACUGUUUGUUUUUCCAAUAUUCACAUCAUGCAACCAGAGGGCACCGAAAGACAUGACGAGAAGCAGCUGUAGCUGAAGCCUCCCUGUGUGAGAGGCUGUGAGAGGCAGCUGUAGCUGAAGCCUCUGUGUGUGAGAGGUUGUGAGAGGCAGCUGUAGCUGAAGCCUCAGUGUGUGAGAGGCUGUGAGAGGCAGCUGUAGCUGAAGCCUCAGUGUGUGAGAGGCUGUGAGAGGCAGCUGUAGCUGAAGCCUCUGUGUGUGAGAGGUUGUGAGAGGCAGCUGUAGCUGAAGCCUCAGUGUGUGAGAGGCUGUGAGAGGCAGCUGUAGCUGAAGCCUCUGUGUGUGAGAGGUUGUGAGAGGCAGCUGUAGCUGAAGCCUCAGUGUGUGAGAGGCUGUGAGAGGCAGCUGUAGCUGAAGCCUCAGUGUGUGAGAGGCUGUGAGAGGCAGCUGUAGCUGAAGCCUCUGUGUGUGAGAGGUUGUGAGAGGCAGCUGUAGCUGAAGCCUCAGUGUGUGAGAGGCUGUGAGAGGCAGCUGUAGCUGAAGCCUCAGUGUGUGAGAGGCUGUGAGAGGCAGCUGUAGCUGAAGCCUCAGUGUGUGAGAGGCUGUGAGAGGCAGCUGUAGCUGAAGCCUCAGUGUGUGAGAGGCUGUGAGAGGCAGCUGUAGCUGAAGCCUCCGUGUGUGAGAGGCUGUGAGAGGCAGCUGUAGCUGAAGCCUCAGUGUGUGAGAGGCUGUGAGAGGCAGCUGUAGCUGAAGCCUCCGUGUGUGAGAGGUUGUGAGAGGCAGUGGUGGUUAAGUACCAGCAGUGCCCCAGCAGGGAAUCAAAUCAGCAACCCUUUUGGUUACGAGCACUGCUCCUUACCGCUACACCACACUGCUGUCCUGUAAUAACCAUAAGGAAAUUUGUUUCUGCCUUUGAAAAGGGGUGAUUAUGAGAUUGCGGUCAGAGAAAGAAGGCAGAUUUUACCUUCCCCAGGCAACUUUUCAUCUCUGUCUCUUUAAAAGUGGGCGGGGUCUCUGUGGGGGGGCGGGGAGCAGAGUUGGCCUAUCGGGGAAGCGCAGGGUGGGAUGUGUCUGUAACGCAGGGCUCACAGAGACAGAGAGGCCCCUGGCUGCCCGUGGGGUGGGAUGUGUCUGUAACGCAGGGCUCACAGAGGCCCGUGGCUGCCCGUGGGGUGGGAUGUAUCUGUAACGCAGGGCUCAUAGAGGCCCCUGGCUGCCCGUGGGGUGGGAUGUGUCUGUAACGCAGGGCUCAUAGAGGCCCCUGGCUGCCCGUGGGGUGGGAUGUGUCUGUAACGCAGGGCUCAUAGAGGCCCCUGGCUGCCCGUGGGGUGGGAUGUGUCUGUAACGCGGGGCUCACAGAGACAGAGAGGCCCGUGGCUGCCUGAGGGGUGGGAUGUGUCUGUAACGCAGGGCUCACAGAGACAGAGGCCCGUGGGGUUUGUGUCUGGCUGUUCCUGUUGCUCAUGUCUCUGCCAGUGCCAUGUCAUUGAUUCAGUGUUGCUUUGAGAUCAGUGUCCUUCCCACACGUGUGCCUGUGUAAUUCAUUAGGGUAAAAUCUCCUUAGAGGAGCGUAGGGAGAGUAAGACUCCACCUUCUUAUUUAAGUUAGAGGAGUAUUUACUUCUUAUAUAGAAUUAUAUGUGUUCUUACCUUUGCCUCCACUUGAGUACACCACAGAAAUCAUUUUAAAAAUUUGUGAAGUUUUCUUCGGUGCUGUCUUAAAAUAAUUGCAGAGGAAAAACAGAGCCUCGUAAAAUAUUGUAAUAAAGAAAAUGCUGAAGGAUCUGCUGUAUUUUACACAUUCUUAAGGGGGAAUAUCUGGGAAUGGCAGCGUACUGUUCAGAUGGUGACAGUGUGCAUUCACAGUUCCUCCACCAGAGGGCGUGACUCUCGGCUGAAGAGGAACGGCAGAGUUCUGUCAGAAACGAUCCAAAUGAGAAGAAAUGCUCAAAUCUGUAUAUAAUUUUUUAAACUAAUUUUUUGAUACAGUGUCAUCAUCUUAUUAAAGAAACGAAUAACAAGUUCCAUCCCGUUUGUCAGCGCUACAUUUCACAGAGAGGUGGUUUAACUUGUAUGUGUGUAUUUUUUAUUUGGAAUAUAGUUUAUAUUUUGGAUUUUUUUAAGUGUAAGAAGGUGAUUCGGAUCAGGUGUAAAUUUCUGCAUCCCUGAGUGUCACGGUGGAUCGCUCCUCUCGCCACAUGGUCCACUGCGACGGUCCACUUCCUGUGGCCAGGUGUGCGUUGGCAUGGUAACAAGGCGGCUGAAUCAGGGAAACCUCAGGAUGUGACCUGGAAGGACCUGAGCGUGCUGACAGCGUGUAACCAUGCACUACGGGGAGCUGCUACAGAGCACAGCAAAGAAACAUAUAUUUUAAUAAUAAUCUCCGGUUAUAGAAGUGUCUGUUUUCAUUGGAUUUUCUGCUGCCUGUAUCAGCACUGAGACUGCGCUGUUUCCACACUCAUUUCAUACGCUUAACACGUUGUGUUCAAGACCAUGUUCAACAGAAGCGUCUUUUCUGAAGCGUAACUGCAAACAACAGGAUCAGUAAAACGCACAUCUCUGUGUUCCGGGCCGAGCGUGUGUGAGAGUCGCUCGUCUGUAGCGCUCCAUCUCUCCGCUGUGUCCUGACGGACGCUGCGCUUCGUCCAGCCCGUGGCCUCGUGGGUGUGAGCCGUGAGGGAGCAGCGUGGUGCGGUGGCUGCUGGCUCUGACUGUCGCUCUGUAAGUGGCCUUCGUGUGUCUGUGGUGCAGCUGCUCCGUGCCACUCAUGCUGCCAUGGAGACCGUCUCACUGUCUGAGUACCGCAGCUCUGCAAGCAGGAGCGUCCCUCUGCACGUCACCUCCGCCCUGCGGCGCGGCGGGAAGGGGGCUCCGCCCUGCGGAAGGAGGCUCCGCCCUGCGGCGCGGCGGGAAGGAGGCUCCGCCCUGCGGCGCGGCGGGAAGGAGGCUCCGCCCUGCGGCGCGGAGGGAAGGAGGCUCCGCCCUGCGGCGCGGAGGGAAGGAGGCUCCGCCCUGCGGAAGGAGGCUCCGCCCUGCGGCGCGGCGGGAAGGGGGCUCCGCCCUGCGGCGCGGCGGGAAGGGGGCUCCGCCCUGCGGAAGGGGGCUCCGCCCUGCGGCGCGGCGGGAAGGAGAUGUUACGUUUCUGUGUGCUCACUCUUCCGCCCGUGUUUUUAAUGGCCGAUGUUCCACCGGAGUGCAGCUGGGCGGCGUGUCCCCAGCUUUGUGAGGUC